CCCUUAGGUGGCGACCACAGAUCUUCCUCAGGAGCUGAUGUCAUCAGAAGGGGACGGAGGUGAGGCGGUCCCUGGGACGACAACCUUGAUGUUGGCGACAGGACUAACCCCAGAUCAGCUGACUGCUCAGCAGGCCACAAUACAGGCAGUACUGCAGGCAGCAGGACACAUAGGUGGAGCUGAGGACUCCAUGGAUCAAUCCGUCCCCAUCAUUCUGACCCAGCAGGAACUGGCAGCUCUGGUCCAACAACAACAGCAACUACAGGACAUCCACGACCACCCAGAACCACAGCACAGCAGCCUGCCCACAGAGGGCCUUGCCCCAGCAGACAGCCUCAAUGACCCGGCAGCAGACAGCAACGCACAUGAGAUGACCUCAUUGGCAGUUACCAGUGCCGUCGCUAGAUUGGCCAGCACGUUCAGCCCCACCCCUCCUCCGACGUCAGGUCUGGCAAAGAUUCAAGCUGUUGCCACAGGGACUGAGGCGACCAGUGAGAUUACAGCGACCACAGGGCAGCAGAGUGUUGAGGUGAAGUCUUCGGUAAGGAACAGUCGAUGGUACGACGUUGGCGUCGUCAAGGUUACAAACAUGGUGGUCUCUCACUUCUACAUCCCAGACGAAGACAACAUGGCCGAGGACGACUCAGGUGUGGUACCUGACUACAGUCAGAUGAGGAAGGUGGAGCUGCAGCCGGGGACAGCUUAUAAGUUUCGUGUUGCUGGGAUCAACAUCUGCGGCCGUGGAGCGUUCUCUGAGGUGUCGGCGUUUAAAACAUGUCUGCCUGGUUUCCCCGGAGCGCCAUGUGCCAUCAAGAUCAGCAAGAACCUGGACGGAGCUCAGCUCACCUGGGAGCCUCCGGCUGUCACGUGGGGCAAGAUCGUGGAGUACUCGGUGUACCUCGCAAUCCAGUCCAGCCAGGCCGCCUCCUCGGUUUCAGGCCCCGCCCAGCUGGCCUUCAUGAGGGUGUACUGUGGUACCAGCCCGUCCUGCCUGGUCCAGGCCUCCAGCCUCGCCAACGCACACAUCGACUACACCACCAAGCCAGCAGUCAUCUUCCGCAUCGCUGCUCGCAACCAGAAGGGCUAUGGACCGGCCACCCAGGUCAGGUGGUUACAAGAAAAUAAAGACCUCAAAACAACAGUGAAGAGAGGAGGAACUACACAACU